AUGGCAAAAUCUGUGUUUAGAAAACUUGUAAAAAAUACUAACACGAAACAAUCGCAAAAAGUGUCCAAACAACUCAUAUCCAAACUUUCCAAACCAAAAAGUGUAUGCAAUAAAACCUCCAAAUCAGUUAAGCCAAUAAAUUAUAAGAGUGUCGAUCAUAUAAUUGGUUGUAUUGAUGAUAAUUUGAUUAUAAGAAUUUUACAGGCAAUCGAUGAAAGGAGAUGCGCUUCCAUGAAAUUGGAUCUGCUCGAUCGUCCCCAACCAAUAUUCAUAUCAUUUACAACUUAUGAUAUGAUCAUAGAGCCACAAGUCAGACCUUUGUUUAUUAAAGUUCCAAAUUCGAUAUACUUGGAUAAGGACAUUUGUGUUAUAGUUAAGGACCCUCAUGAAUCCUGGAAGGAGGCAUUUAAGUCGGCUAACAUACCGCAAAUUAAAAAGAUAAUUGGUUUAAAGAAGUUAAAGACUAGAUAUAGGGAAUACAAGAAUAGGCGAGAAUUGUGUGAUAGUUACGACCUGUUUAUAUGUGACAAAGCCAUAGUACCUAGUAUGCCCUCCGCACUGGGCAAAUAUUUUAUUGAAAAGAAGAAAUUGCCAAUCGCAUAUAAGUUUGAUAAGUUAAAAUUACCCGAAAUUAUUAACAAACUCCUUUCUUAUGUAUACUUCCGUAGAUCUGCUGGCCCAUCAAGUAGUGUAAAAAUUGGUUAUACAAAUAUGUCUCAUAAUCAGCUAGUUGAUAACAUAAAGGCUGUGAUUAAUGAUGUGGCAAAUUGUCUAACCAAAAAUAAAAUGAGUAUUAUUAGAGCUAUCAAUUUGAGCUGGUCAGAUGUAUCACUUCCACUAUUCACCGAUUCUGGUUGA